AUGUUAAACCUCACAAACUGGUAGAUGGUGGCAUUUACUCAAAAUCAAGUUUUUUUUUAGAACUGGGUGUGUUUAUAGGAUUCUGUUCAACCCCUUCGAACCCAUUUCAUAGCAAUAGCUGCAUAUCAUGAGAAUUGAAGCAAGCACGCAGCAACAAGAAGCAUCUCCCAAAAGAAGCCUAGGUGUUUGCUGGAGGAAACCAAGUGCAGGAAAUUAAUACAGGGGUCAUGGUAAAAAAGAUCUGUGUGGUUGGGGCAGGCUCCAGUGGUCUAGCGGCCAUCAAAUGCUGCUUGGAUGAGGACCUGGAACCCACAUGCUUUGAGAGAUAUCAUGACAUUGGAGGUCUAUGGAGGUUCAAGGAAGACCUUGAAGAUGGACGUGCUAGCAUUUAUAAAUCAGUGAUCAUAAACACCUCCAAGGAGAUGAUGUGCUUCAGUGACUAUCCCAUCCCAGAUGACUUCCCCAACUACAUGCACAACUCCAAAAUCAUGGACUAUUUCCGCAUGUAUGCCGAGAACUUUAAUUUGCUCAAAUACAUCCGCUUUAAGACUACCGUGUGUAGCAUUAAGAAAUGCCCGGACUUUGCUAAGAGUGGCCAAUGGGAAAUAGUGACAGAGUGUGAUGGAAAGCAGGACAUGGGCAUCUAUGAUGGAGUGCUGCUGUGCAGUGGGCACCAUACCUUCCCUCAUCUGCCGCUGGAAUCCUUCCCAGGUAUUAAGAAGUUUAAAGGCCAGUACUUCCACAGUCGAGAAUACAAGUACCCUCAUCUAUUCCAGGACAAGAGGAUCAUUGUCAUUGGCAUAGGGAAUUCUGGAGGGGACUUGGCAGUGGAGCUUAGUUCUGUUGCAAAACAGGUAUACCUAAGCACCAGGAGAGGAGCGUGGAUCAUCAACCGAGUCCAUGAUGAAGGCUUCCCACUGGAUGUCGUACUGUUCAGCCGAUUUAAAAACAUUAUCAAGGAGUACAUGACCACUGACAUGCUGAAUUCCUGGGCUGAGAAAAGGCUGAAUGCACGUUUUAAUCAUGAGAACUUUGGACUCAAACCUAAGCACAGAAUUCUCAGCCAACACCCAACCAUCAAUGAUGACCUGCCAAACCGCAUCAUCUCUGGCAAAGUGAUAAUGAAGGCCAACGUGAAAGAGUUCACAGAAACUAAUGCCAUUUUUGAAGAUGGAACAAUAGAAAAAAACAUUGAUGUGGUAUUUUUUGCUACUGGCUACAGCUUCUCCUUUCCAUUUUUUGAAGAUUCAGUCCUCAAAACUGAAAAUAACAAGAUACCAUUGUACAAAUUUGUUUUCCCUCCAUAUUUAGAGAAGCCAACUGUGGCCUGUAUAGGCCUUAUCCAGCCCCUUGGGGCCAUCAUGCCUGUCUCAGAGCAGCAAUGCCGCUGGGCAGUCCGAGUUUUUAAAGGGCUGUGUACGUUGCCUUCCCAGCAGGACAUGCUGGCCGACAUAGCCUGCAAGAAGAAACACAUGGAAUGCCGGUAUGUGACGAGCCCACGACACACAAUCCAAGUUGACUAUGUGGAUUACAUGGAUGAACUGGCUUCUCAGUUUGGCGUUAAGCCCAACCUAUUCCAUUUCCUCCUUACUGACCCAACUCUAGCCUGGGAGCUGUUCUUUGGGCCUUGCACUCCCUAUCAGUAUAGACUGACAGGGUCCAACAAAUGGAAAGGAGCAAGAAAUGCAAUCCUUACCCAGCGAGAGCGCAUUAUUAAGCCCACAAAGUCCAGAGUCCUUGUUGACGACGACAUGAAAAAACCUCAUGAUCCGGUGCCAUUUCUCCUGAAAAUCCUGGCCGUCUUUGCCCUUCUGGCUGCAGUCUAUUUUGUCUAUGCUUAAGUAUUGUACUAGUAUAUACUAAGUAUUGUACUAGCUACAGUAUAUCCAUUAUUUGCUUGUUUGAUUAUACUGGAUCACAGCAGCAACACAAAGCUUUAUAGAAUGAAUGUACUAUCUGACCCGCAGGCAAGCACUUCUAUGAUACGAUUUUGCUUGAGAUUAUUAUCAAAUAUAAAGGCAGCCUGGGCAAUGAAUAAUUAAUUAAGGGGAAUCUGCAAAUCCCAAAGUGGCAUUUUUGUACCUACAGUAGGCACAUACAGCUUAAAGGACAGCUCAAGAAUAAGACAAAUAAAAUAACUAGGGAGUUGCCACUUUGUGAGGACUGAAUUAUACACUCAAAACAAAGCAAAACACAUUUGAAAUUUAACUAUUUCAUUUAUCCAGGUCAUGGUAUAUCUAGUAUAGGUGAAUCUAAAGCAACUGGAUAAACAAUUGAUGUAUAAAGGACGUAACAUUCUCUCUAAUAAAUCUACUGUUCCUGGUAAAGAA